AUGGUCUGUCUUAAUCUCCCUCCUCAUCUCCGCUAUAAGUUGGAGAACGUCUAUCUUGUGGGCGUCAUACCAGGUCCUCGAGAACCCUCGCUAGACCAGGUGAACCAUCUUCUCCAACCUCUGGUCGACGACCUUCUAUGCUUGUGGGUGAACGGUAUCAGGCUAAACCGGACAUACAAGUUUAGCGGUGGACGCAUCGUCCGCGUGGCAUUGGGUCCUCUGGUCUGCGAUCUUCCAGCAGCAAGGAAAACGGCUGGCUUCGCAGGCCACAGUGCUGAUCUCUUCUGUUCUUUCUGCCGGCUCUCUCGGAAGGAUAUUUCCAAUUUAGUUAAAGCGUCUUGGCCGGAACGUUCAUCCGAUCAGCACCUUCAUGAUGCGAAGAGAUGGAAAAAUGCAAAAAACGAAGGCGAGCGUCAGAAGAUGGCCAUGCGUAGAGGAACCCGGUGGUCAGAGCUACUGAGACUCACGUACUGGGAUCCACUCAAGUUCACUGUCCUAGAUGCCAUGCAUAACCUCUUCCUGGGCGAGUUUCAGCACCACUGCCGCGUUGUUUGGGGG